AUGAUAUACAAGGAUGAUAAGAUGAAGGAUCCUGGGAAGUCGGCCAAGAAAGACAAAGACCUAGUGAACAAAUCUGGGUGCAAGGCCAAGAAGUGGACCAAAGGCAAAAUUCGAGACAAGCUGAAUAACCUGGACUUGCUUGACAAAGUCACAGAUGAUGAGCUCUGUAAAGAAGUUCCCAGCUGUAAGCUGAUCACUCCAGCUGUUGUCUCAGAGCCUGAAGAGUCACGGUUCCCUGGCCACGCAGCCCUGCAGGAGCUGCUUAGUAAAGGACUUAUCAAGUUGGUUCCAAAACACAGAGUUCAGGUACUUUAUCCCAGGAACACCAAGGACGAAGAUGCCCGGGCGGCCAGUGAAGAUUCAUGA